UUUCUGCGUGUGCAGUGUGGCUGGAAGAUCCUAAUUCACGCGGAUGCUUUCUGAGCCCCCAGCAAAGCUGCCAGUGGGCGCACUUCCUGCCGGGAGGUGGGCGGGGCGGGCCACCUCCUCUUUCAAGCCCCGCCCCACCCUGCGUCCCGCCCUCCCUCCCGGCGGGCAGAAGCUCCGCGGGGGCGGGGCUGAGAGCCGUGGGCGGCGUGGCGCUGCUAGCAGGGCGCGGGGCCGGAGGUGCUGAGGAUCGGCGCGGCUUAGCCCACGGAGCUGUGGUGUAACGCUCCGGAAAGCUCAGCCUCGCGGGCAGGAGAAGCAUCGGGCGGAGGCGGCCACCACCGGCUAGUGCAGGGCCUCGGGCCGAGUGGGGCGGAGAGCUGCGGGAGUAAGCGGCGGCCCGGGUCCCGAGCGCUGCGCGCCAUGGCGGGCGGGCCCCCCAAGGCCCUGCCGUCCACGGGGCCCCAGUCCUUGCGCGACAUGCCGCACCCGCUAGCCGGCUCCAGCAGCGAGGAGGCCGUGGGAGGUGACAGCACGCCCAGCCCGGACCUACUGAUGGCCCGCAGCUUCGGUGACAAGGAUCUCAUCUUGCCCAACGGUGGUACUCCAGCAGGCACUUCCAGCCCAGCUUCUUCAUCUUCCCUUCUGAACAGACUUCAGCUUGAUGAUGACAUUGAUGGUGAAACCAGAGACCUCUUUGUCACAGUAGAUGAUCCUAAGAAGCACGUCUGCACAAUGGAGACCUACAUCACAUACAGGAUCACCACCAAAAGCACACGGGUGGAGUUUGACUUGCCAGAAUAUUCUGUUCGUCGACGAUACCAGGAUUUCGACUGGCUGAGGAACAAACUGGAAGAGUCACAGCCCACUCAUCUCAUUCCCCCGCUUCCUGAGAAGUUUGUGGUGAAGGGCGUCGUGGAUCGCUUCUCAGAAGAGUUUGUGGAGACCAGAAGAAAAGCGCUGGACAAAUUCCUAAAAAGGAUUACAGAUCACCCCGUGCUCUCUUUCAAUGAACACUUCAAUGUGUUCCUCACUGCUAAGGACCUGAAUGCCUACAAGAAGCAAGGGAUAGCAUUGCUGAGCAGAGUGGGUGAGUCAGUCAAGCACGUCACCGGAGGCUAUAAGCUGAGGAGUCGGCCUCUGGAGUUUGCGGCCAUCAGUGACUAUUUAGAUACUUUUGCACUCAAACUGGGAACCAUCGAUCGGAUAGCCCAGCGGAUCAUCAAAGAAGAAAUAGAGUACCUGGUAGAGCUGAGGGAGUAUGGGCCUGUGUAUUCCACGUGGAGCGCCUUGGAAGGUGAGCUGGCCGAGCCCCUGGAGGGUGUGUCAGCCUGCAUUGGGAACUGCUCCACAGCCUUGGAAGAGCUGACAGAUGACAUGACAGAAGAGUUUCUGCCUGUGCUCAGGGAAUACAUUCUGUACUCUGACUCCAUGAAGGGUGUAUUGAAGAAGAGGGACCAAGUUCAAGCAGAGUACGAAGCCAAACUGGAAGCUGUGGCUCUAAGGAAGGAAGAGCGUCCCAAGGUGCCAGCAGAUGUGGAGAAGUGCCAGGAUAGGAUGGAGUGCUUCAACGCUGACCUGAAGGCUGAUAUGGAGAGGUGGCAGAGCAACAAGCGGCACGACUUCCGGCAGCUGCUCGUGGGCUUGGCUGACAAGAAUAUCCAGUAUUAUGAGAAGUGCCUCAUGGCGUGGGAGUCCAUUAUUCCACUACUGCAAGAGAAACAAGAGACUAAGUAGGUUUUGGAACAGAGACUCUUCUGCCUCCACAGGGCAUGGAACCCUGAACCAGAAUGUCCCUGCAGUGCCGGAGAGGUCGCCGUGGGAAAACAGCACAACAGCACCUCUUGUGUGUGUGUACUUUCUACCCCUGCCCCCAUUUGUUUUCAGUUAGUAUUUAUUCCUUGGAGUCUAUGAGACUGUAAUCAUCUCUCAGCAGAAGCAUACCUCCGUAUUGUGAAGGAACCUCUUAAAUGGAACACUAAAAGACUUGAAACUGAGGGGCAAGAUAACCCCCACAUGACACGUGACAUCACUUUGGGGACAGCCCAGUUGCCAUUGUGGAACAGAAUCCCAGUCCUGCGUUUCAGGGACAUGGGGAGACAUGAAGAAGGCAGCUGCAGCUUGCUGUGGAGACCCCGUGGCUCUGCACUUUACCCAUGAGGGCAUUAACCUGACCCAGCAUGGAAGGAGGUGUGGGUACCUUCUCAGAAAGUCCUUAAUUUACAGUGGCCUGUGGCCGUGGCCGUGGCCUGCUGCCUGCUCAUGAUGAGUGGCCUCUGUUGACUUGUUUCUGGUUCACGUGGGGCCACCUGACUCCGUGUCUGUGAGCAUUGACGCUUGAGCGAGCACGCCAGCGUCCUUGUCCUUACGGGAUGCCUCAGGAUCUUGUUUCUGACACCAGAAUGCAACAGAUGAGAAGCUUUUUGGUGUGAACUCGAAAAAAAAAAAAAGGUGCAUUUUUCUCCGUGAAGGUCUUAGUGUGUGUGUUUUGCUUGUUAACUGUCAUCGUGGUUGGGAUUAGACCUGUUUGGAAACAGCUGCUGUCAGUGAUGCUCCUGUGUGCCAAGCCCCAGCUCCGAUGUCUGCUUUGUGCAAUUUGCCUUUACCUCACCAAAAAUGUCUAGUUUAAUCUUCCUGCCGUGCCCGCUGACUGUCUGGGCAGCCUUGCAGUGGGGGCUGAUGUGCUGUCUUGUUUUUGCCGUCACAAUUUGUAAACUCAGUGUGACUUCUACAUGAGUGUUUUAACCCUCAGCAUUCUGUGGUCAGGAAGACAAAAGCAUCUGCAGGUCCCUCCGAGACGAGAAGAGCAACAUCAUGCUCUUUGCUUCUGGCUAUGUGGAAAUCUCCAUUCGCAGCCAAAAUCUGGGGGCUGCUACUGUACUUAACAUCUUCAUUUGAAGCCUUUCAGAUUUCCAUAAAGCCAGCAAUCAGAAAGGAUCUCUCUUCCAUACCACUGUUCUUGCUAAAAGGAAGCUGCAUAUUUGUGUUCUUUCAUCUGUGGCUCUUUGCUAAAAAUCCGUAGAUAUGAGUUGCAGGUAAACGGAAGGGGCGUCAUUGUCUUUAAGGUGAGGCAGCCAAGCACUGCUCCGUAUACAAGUUAAUUUGUAAAUCCGGAGCAGACAGCAUGCUAAGUCCUGUAAUUCCCUCUAACAUGGAGUCAGCUGCAUCAUGGGACAUCAUGGGACGGCAGCUAGAUAGCAUGAAACAAUUUGUCUUCUCAUACUUGACAAAUUUGUGAUAGAAAUAAUAAUUCCCGCAUCUACCGGUACUUGCCUAAACCCUGUCUGUGCCAUCCCAAAGUCCUUGAUGUGAAUUUUCUUUGGUACAAAUAGAAAUGGCCCACUGAGGCAGAGGAGUAAGAGUGGUCCAUACACCCAAAUGCCAGCAAGUCGGUAUCUCAUUCUACCUCUAAACCACUGGGUUGGUGUGGGUAUGAAUGCUCAGAGCUAACCCAAGCAUGCUGGUAGAGUCAGGGUGUGUAUUUAGUCACCAACUGGCCUCCAUUGUGUGUAUCAGCAGACACCAGACUCGCUCAGAGGUGAUGUCCAUCUUUGAGAAACAUGAAGCUUUGCUUUGUGGAUUGUAUGCCUGAUACGAUGAAUAGUCAUGUGAUGAUACAUGGGAGGAACUAUAGAAAGAAUUAUCCAGAAGCUAAAAUUUGAUGGCCAGCAGGUUGCCAAAACCUCAAGUCAAUCCUGUGUGCUGGUUAGUUAUGCAAGAAGAAAGCCCCGUAGAAACAACCUCCAGCUGCACUGGGAGAUGUAGGGAGGGAAGCAGGGUCCACAGCCAUUCCCUCAUGAGAGGUGGCUCUCAUGGCAUCUUGCAAUGUUUGUCUUGUUCUGUUCAUUUGGUCAGUAAGGAAUGUCCCUGGGCUUUGAGUUUCCAGAAAGAGAUGGAAUAAUGGAGACUUUCUCUCCCUGGGGACCAGUGGCAGUGGCAGAGCCAGGGACACCCAUGCACAAGGAGGCAUGCUUGCCCUUCUCCUUGGGAUGGCAGCUGGUGAUCUGAGGAGGCUGGCCUAGAGGAAAAAAGGCAGCAGACAGUGAAGAGGCCUUCCUCCCUCCCUGCUCCACAGGCCCCCUUAGUCCCUGGAAAAGUAUGCACAAAAGAGACUCCCUACAUAGCUCAGAGACUACAGUGCCAAAAUGCCCCAGAGAGGCUCCAUUACUUCUGGAGCCUACACAGCUGUUCCCUGAUGUCACAGGUCCCUCCGACUUACUUUCCAGGAGACUUUGCCUUGAGGGUGCCACAGGUGGAGAGAUAUAGAUAGCUUUUGAGGCUUGAACACAUGCCAGUGAGAUGAAAGUUGGCCUUAGCAACUGCCCAGGUCCUGAGAAAUGGAGGGCUUGUUCACGGGGUUAGAAACCUGCAAAGGCAGCCGAGCGUGAUGAUGCAUGCCUUUAAUCCCAGCACUUGGGAGGCAGUGGCAGGCAGAUUUCUGAGUUCGAGGCCAACCUGGUCUACAGAGUGAGUUCCAGGACAGCCAGGACUACACAGAGAAACUCUGUCUCGAAAAACCAAAACCAAAACCAAAACCAAUAACAACAACAACAACAACAAAAAACAAAAAACCAAAAACCAAAAACCAAAAAAACCAAAAAACCUGCAAAGGCAAAAGAGGGAAUUCAUAAAGACAAGGAGGUUGAGAGCCGAGAUUGUUUAGGAAGUUGUGGUUUGUAGCAGGAAAGGAUACUCCUGAUAUUGGGAAUUUGCAAGAAGAAUCUGGGCUGUGCUGCUUCAAACAAGGAGGCUUUGCUCUGGAGUGAGGAGGGAGUGACCCCUCAGCCUGUGUGUGGUCCAGUUUUAUGCUCUCGGAAGGCUCAGCAGUUAUUGCUGCCGAGUGGGAAGUAGCUUCUCCCAGCUGUUCCUCACCUCACCAGAUAUUUUCCCAAAGCUGAAAGAAGAAAAGCCAGCAUGCCUGGGGCUAGAAGCGGAAUGUAGGAUACGUCUCUAUGCCAAAUGGAGUUGUAGAAUGUACCCUCUCAGCCCAUAAACAGGAGGAAACCAUAUGUGAACACUACAGCCUCUGGCCAGGGCUCUGUAGAGAUUUUAAUUUUAGAAGUGGGCAUGAUGGCAGUGUUUCUCUUUUAGGACAACACCCACGGAACACUCAAAGGCUGUGUGACUUGUCCUGUCCUGUGGCACCAAAGCUGUAGGUAGCUGGCUGUUUUGAUGAGGUCAUUUGAAUCAUGGGAGUGUCCCUACACUACACUAUCCUGAGCUGGUUGGGGUGGGUAGAAGAAGGCAAGGACUGGGCUGCAUUGGCCCUACUGAUGUGGGUCUUGGGAUGGGCUGGAACAGGGUUCCUGCCUGAGUAGGUGGAACUGGCAACCUUGAAGGGUGAUUCUCCCCCCUUUCCCCCCCAGAGGAACAGCUGCCUGUGGCUGGGGCAGGGCACACCACCUUCCCUCAGUUGGUCUUGCUAAGUAUAUGACUAGGAGAGUUUGGUCAUUUUUGUGUACCCUAUGGUGGGAAUAUGGGGUUGCCUCCUGCCUUUCAAAAGCCUUCAGGAUGGCAACAGAUUGGAUGUGCCAUCUCAGUGCCUGCAGGUCUCUCUGCUCGAGGCAGCAGGGGGCGCUUUGCAGUAAAGUUGAGGAAAACGACCUCUCCUUGACCAAACUGAGAUGCACUUGGUGUGUGGGAACUGCUUGCUUCCUCCCUGUUUAUAAUUCAGUGAAUAACCACAGACCCAAUAUUUUACUAACCCACUCUGUAGGUUGUCAGUGUUCCAUUUUGAAAGUGUCCCCGUGGUUGUACACUUCAGAGGACAGGGACUCUCUGUGUCUAAGAAGGCUGGGAUGAGGGCUCUGUUACAGGGCAGACUGUUCUCUCAUAGUCUUAUCUGUUUGAAUAUUCCUGGGUAUGACUUUAUUGUGUGGCAAAAACCCACAUUACCAAAGUAGUUUUUAACUACUGUAAUUUGUAAAUAAGUGUUGUGGCGGGGGGAACCUUUAAAAGAUCAGUAAGAUGGUUCUCAUAUUUAUGAACUUAGCACUUGAAAACCAACACACUCAGAAAAAGCCACAGAUUGUUAAAAGCCUAAUUGUAGCUUGUAACAAUUUGUCAGUACCUACUAAUUGCCUUAUUCUGCAGCUAGUGGUUUAUAAAGAGGCUGCAUAGAAAGUUUUACACAUGGAAGCAGCUGAUGUAGAGACUUCAUAUAGGCAGCUGCAGUCCUUCCUAAAGUCUCAAGCUAGAGGGUGGGGGCCACGGAAGGAAGGCGGCCUUUCAGGUAGCAAGAAUAAAUAUUGCUGUUGCCAAAUAGUAUUUGAAAUAAUACCAGGAAACGGGGACCACAGUACUGUUCGAUGUUUUCAAGUGAGAAAGAGGAAUGUAGUAUGCUUUGGCAUAGUUUGGGAGUGGAGGAUACAGACAUUAUCGGCAGUGACAAAUCACAUAGCUUCAAAAACUCCUCCAGUUUGUGACAACAUGACAGGUGUGACAGCAUGACAGGUUUACUCUGCUUCUGCAGAGUGGACCCCAGAGGUCACUUAGGAUUGAGAUUCUCCAAAGUUUGAAACGCCAAAUAACAUGAAACGUGUUCUGUUGACUCAAUAUUAAAGCCAGGGUGAAGAGUUGCAAACCCCUUUGUCCCUGCAGUACUGCCUGAGUGUGUGGAGGUUCUGGGCUCUCCACAGUCCAGCUCAGAGCAGCUAACACCCAUGCUCACUGUUGUUGGACAGACUGGUUCACAGCCUUAGACCCACGCUCUGCUGAGAUGCUGGAGGGGAGGAAGGAUUUUUCCUUGACUUCGGAUUGGUGUAACAAAGCAAUGGCUGUGUCAGCUGGGCCUUCAUCCAGGAACAGACCAGCAUAAACCAGCAUCUUCUACCAGUUAGCACUGUCUUGGACCAUGCUGAGGGUUGGGCCUCUCCCUCAGAGUCCUUUCUCACUGUAGUUCUGUGUGCCUGUUCCCUUCAUGCCUGAGUCAGGAAUACAUGGAGAGACAGCCUACAUCUGACAGACUCCCACAAAACAAACUGCCAGCAAACUUUCUAACUCAUUUUAACCGUUCAAGGGGGGAAUUAAAACAAACUUUUGGACUAUUUUUUUUAAUUGUUCUUUAUGUUUAAAACUUGCAGAGAUAGAAGCAGGCUUCUGAGGUACGGGGUCUUGCUGUGUGCUCUCUCUCCGUGCUGCCGUUAAGCCAAAACAAAAGCUGUGAACAUAGGUGCUUGAGAGAAUGCGUGUUGACAGGAAAAUGACUGAUUUACAGACCCAAGUCUUUGUCUCAUGAAACUACCAAAAAAGAAUGUCACCGUUUUUCUUUGUUGUGGAACCAGAGAUUAUAAAAAGGAAAAAAAAAAAAAAAGGAAAAAAAAAGUUGUCUUGUUGUAUUUUUGAUGCUGGCGCAAGGUUCUUGUCCACUUUGGUUUUUCUUAUCUCUGUAUGUAAGAAAUUCUGUUUGUUGUUUACUAUGGAAUUAGUAUUACAUUUUGAGGUAAACAAAGAAUUUGUAUUGCUUGAUAAACUAUUAGCUUGUAAAUUAAAAUUUUUUUCUUUACCUCAGUUAACUUAAUGGACCAAUAAACCUAUCAAAGAUGCUUCAUCUCUCCCGGA